AUGGCUCGCACGAGACAAAGCAGGAUGCCAGUAGAAGGUUCCUGGCGAAUGGUAGAAGAAGGCGAGAACGACAGCUUUGACACCUCGGUUGUCCAUGACCCAUACGACGAUGAUUUUGUCCUAUCCAGUGGACAGUCUCAAUUAUCUGCAUCAUCUCAAGGCAUAGGGUCGCAGGACAGCAUCCGCGACUUUGCCAACAAAGCCGAUGAGGAUCAGGUCAUCUUACGCGCACCCUUUCAGCCGUCGCUUGUUUCCACCAGGAAUCCAUCUGCGGACAAGGAGCGAACGCCGGUGCCAGAGUUUUUCAUGCCCCCAGUGGACGUUGAUAGCCCUCGUCGCAGCAGCGGUCGUUCGUCCAGAACUAUCCGCCCUGCCACAAACGACAUGUCAUCGCAGGUGAGGAGAAGAGACUACCGUCAAAGGUCAUUCGACGAAAGUCCAAGACGACGCGACCCUGCCUUUGUGCGCAAGCAAAGCUCCGGCUUGGGAAGUUCAUCUCAUCCAACACCUUCUCAGAGAUUUGCUGCAUCAGCGCCGAGCGUCUUAUUCGAAUCUGCCGCCUGGACUCUGUCCAUCCUUGGAAUGGCACUUCGCUAUGCCAAAUAUCCACUUGCCGGCCUCAUGGCUGUCUACCUGAUCAUCGGUGUUUUCAUGCUUGGAAAGACCAUGGUAACCGAGUCCAUUUCGGCAUCCAUGUCCCCGAUAUGUCGCAUUCCUGGAGUCUCGUUUAUUGACCUCCCGUUUUGCCCGGACGUGGCAGGAUCCAAGAAUGGCUCUGAGCCUAUCGAGUUCGACGAUCUCGUCACCGCACAGGACCAGUUUGAGAAGGUGCUGGAGGAGGCCGCGAGUGGUGUAUCCUUGCCGAUGGAGCUGAAGCGUUCAGAGGCAUCUGUGCGUGAUCUGCGCACUGUCAUCAGAUUCAGCGACCUGCCCGGUCGCGAGGAGUUGGUCUAUGAGUUCGACGGAUACAUCGAUACCAUCCGCGUCAUCUCCGCCGACCUGCAGACUUUCAACACCCACGUCGGCAGUUCCGUGGACAGCGUCAUUAGCAUCAACCGAUGGACGUCCCGGUACCUCGACACAAUAGCCUCCAACCGCGAGGCCAACGACAACCUGCUCUCGCGCGGCAUCGAAUGGAUCUUCUCACCAUUUCAACCUGCCGUAUUUGAUGAGCGCGUCUUGCUGGAAAAAUACAUCGAGCACACGGCGCUAGUCUCGGAGAAGAUCGCCAAUCUCAUCGUUGAGGCACAGGCGGCCUUGCGGCUUCUCAACCAGGCAGAGAAUCACCUAGAUCUCAUCAAGGAGCACUGCGUCCGCAACGAGCAAGUCGUGGUCGAUCAGAAGAAUGACGUUUUCUGGAGUAUCUGGACGCUGUUGGGCGCUAACAACUCCCGGCUGCGCAAUCUCAAGACUCAGAUCUCACUUUUGCGCCAGGUUGAAGGGCAAAGGCUGUCGGCGGUCAAACGACUUAAUGUAUUGAUACACGACCUCACCACCAUCCAGUCGCAGCUGAGUGAUCUGCGUGAUCGCGUCGCGACGCCCGAGUUGCUGGCCGAUGGCUCGACUAUCCCACUCAGCGUACACAUCGAGACUAUCAACGCCGGCGUGGAAAGGCUCGAGGCUGCGCGAAGUCGGAUCAGAGCCGAGGAGAACGACAGACUGCAGCAGGCGCUCAAAAGAGCUCGGGAGGAAGAUAGGUUGAUCGAUGGCUGA